GAGCGGUCAGCGGGUUCGGUCUGGACUACCUGCCGGCGUCGGCCUCCUCUGCAGCUUCAGACAACAGCUGGCACCAGGCCGGACCGCCCGGCAGCUCCUGGGCCAGUCAGGAGUCUCCCAUGGAGGAGUCGUCCUCCACCGUGCUGCUCGACAGCCUCAAGUCGAUCUGGUCGAGCUCCAUGAUGCAGCCGGGCCCGUCGGCGCUGGAGCAGCUCCUCCUGCAGCAGAAACAGAAGCAGCAGCGAGGUCACGGCGCCAUGAACCCGCCUCACUGAACGGCAGGCCGAGGCGGCGCUUUGUGUCCGGACGUCAACAAAACCACCACCAGGAGAAACGGGAGGGAAAAAAAACAGAUGUUUGACGAAGAUGAGCUCCAACUAAAAUGGAAAAUUAAACCGGUGAGAAACGGUGGAGGCUGGGGAGGCGACGCGACCCCCCGACGAGGCUGAAACACCACCCCACACCCCCCCCGGCUGUCGAGGAGCGGUGACGCCCCUCCUGGUCCGGAGGGCGCGGGAUCUCUUCAACCGCGGUGCCAUGCGCCACGCCACCGCCGGGUUUCCUUCAACCCGUGGAAAUCUGAACAUUGAGGAACAUAAACC